AUGAAUGAGAUUCAACAAGAAGAAGACGAAUAUGAGCCUAACCAUGACCAACUACAAUUUGAAAAUGAAGAGCGCGUUGAACGUCAAGGAGGAGAAAAUGAGACGCCUAACAAAUGCAGAAGUCCUAUGAGUGUAAUUAAGGAGUGGGUUCCUGUAUGUGAAGAUGAUUUGAAACCAAAAGAAGGGAUGGAGUUUGACAACCUGGAGGAAUAUGAGAAAUUCUACAAAAAAUAUGCUCAUCAGGUCGGUUUUAGUGUACGUAAAUCAUCUAGCAAAAAGGAUAAAAAAACUGGGUUAUUGAAGUAUAAAACGUGUGUAUGUGCAAAAGAGGGAUUUAGAGAAGCUAAAUACGCAGGUAAGCAAAAAGUAAGAAAUGUGAAAUUGAGUAGGGAAGGGUGUGAGGCUCUGGUUGGUUUUAAAAGGACGCCAGAAGGUAAAUAUGUAGUAUACAAAUUUCACGAAGGUCAUACCCAUUUAAUUGCAACUCCUAGAAAGUGCCACAUGCUAAAAUCAAACAGGGGAAUUACUAAUGUCCAUAGAUGCUUGUAUAAGGCAUUUUCUCGUGCCAAUGUUGGUGCAAGUAGAGCGCAUCGUUACAUAAAGGAACAAGUGGGUGGGUAUCAAAAUGUUGGAUGUAGUAAGCAAGAUUUGAAAAACUUCCAAAGAGAUUUGAGCCUUCAUAUUAAAGAUUAUGAUGUUGACAUGUUUAUUGAGAACUUCAAGAGUAAACAAACAAUUGAUCCUUCAUUCUAUUUUGCAUAUGAGAUAAACAAGGCCACGCGCCAAUUGAGACAUGUGUUUUGGGCAGAUUGCAUUUCUAGAAAAAAUUAUGCAUUAUAUGGAGAUGUUUUGUCAUUUGAUACUACUUAUGGCACUAACAGAUAUAAGAUGAUCUUUGCUCCAUUUACUGGUCUUGAUAAUCACAGACUUUGUAUUACAUUUGGAGCAUCAUUUUUGGGGGAUGAGAAAGCUGAAUCUUUUUCGUGGUUAUUUGAAAAGUUCUUAGAUGCAAUGGAGGGUCAUAAACCUGUUUGCAUCAUUACUGAUCAAGAUCCUGCUUAUUUCAGAGAUGUUUUCUUAGGAGUUGUAUUACGGACGACGUCGAGGUCUGAAAGUGAAAAUAGUUUUUAUUGUAGUUUCACAAAUCCGCAUUUGAGUCUAGUGGAGUUCUGGAUGCGGUUUGAGAGUGUUGUAGAAUCACAGAGACAUUCUCAAUCAAUGUCUGACAAUGAUAACUUUUCUUUAAUUCCUGAACUAAAAACAAAUAGGGAUUUGGAGAGACAUGCAAGUCAAGUCUAUACUUUCACUAACUUUUACAAGUUUCAAGAGCAGUUGUGGCUUGCUUGUAUGGAUUGUGAAGUUGAGGACAAGAAAGAGACAGAAGAGGGACUAGUUAUAACAAUAUCUAAUCAUGCUAGAAAAAAUGGGAAGAUGCGUGAGAUGGACCAAGAUGGCAGCAAGCAAGUCAAUUUUUAA